ACGAGAUAGGGAGAAAAUUUGUGAGCCUUCGGCGGAGUUGCCAUCGGCGAUUCCAGAUGCUGGACCCUCGCAGCCAUCAGGACCUCAGGUACAGGAAAACACUCCCGAUGUUGCACCGGUCGGCGAUUUAGCUCUCGAGGCAGCGAAGGUCGUGGCGGAUAAGGACGAACCUACGCUCAGCGAAUUAGCAAAUGUCAUGAGACAAGUAUUAGGCGUUCUCCAGGACUCGACGAUCGCAUUGAAGAGUGGCAAGGACAACCGGUCUCGCUUCUGGGGGGUGUACAAACGAGUUGCGGAGGAACACGACAACGAGUUUCUCGAGCGGUACACUACGGACAUGGACAUCGUCUUGAUCUUCUCUGGUCUUUUCUCUGCUGUCAGCACAUCCUUCAUUGUCGCAAUGGAGUCCAACCUCAGUCCCGACCCCAGCGAUACCACGAAUGCCCUUUUGAAGCAACUCGUUCAAAUCGGACUCGGCAAUGUCGCUGCAGCGGGUUCCACGCCCGCAGACCCAGCAUCUACAUGGUCGCCGAGCGCGCCCACCCUAUGGAUUCAAAUGAUCGCAUACGCGAGCUUGUCGAUGAGCUUGCUCGCCGCGUUCGGGGCCGUACUAGGCAAGCAGUGGCUCGGGUACUACAAGUCGAACAGAUACGGCCGGGGCUCUCAGGAGGAGCGAGGGAAACGCAGGCAAGAGAAGUUCGACGGCCUCGUCACAUGCCAAGCAUCGCCUGGGUCAUCAUCGCAACGACGAUCUUCGGAUUUCUGUUUUAUUCCCUGACCGUGAUGGCGUGUUUGAUAUCUCCCGCUUGUCCAUUUCAGACACCGAUAUCGACGAUGUUGCGCAUGUUUCACAUAGACAAGGUUCUACGCCUGGUGUUCAAACGAGUUUCCAGUUAUUUCCAGCAGUUCACGAUGUCACUGCACGGCGUGCUGGAGCAGUUGCUUA